AUGGUAAGACUCCUGGUCCAUGACCGAUAUGACGCUGAGCUCGCCGAAGAGGGCCUGCCGCGCAUGAAGCAUCCAUCCGUCUGCCAGUGUGGUCUCUGCACUGCAUCUUCGGGAGAGAGACUAGUCAGCGAUCUGAGGAGGCACCUCAUGCGCUACCUGUAUGCCGCCAUAUAUCUGCACGAUCCUGCUUGCACACCGAUCAUGCUAGACAGCAACGCCGUCCGCCAGCAAAUUCUUAGGCAAACAUCAUCCUGGGAACCAAGAGCUCGCGACACGAUCAUGUCGUAUCUGCUGGCCACUCUCGCCGAUCUCAAAGGUCUGGCCGUCAUCUGCGAGUCCUCUCGAGACUAUGCCUGGUCGGCCGUGCAGCUUGUGGAGCUGACGAAGGAUAUGGGUAUGAAUCGUCUCACUCCACCUUCUCACCGCUAUUUCCUCAAGUGGAUCGAUCGCUCCGAGGAACUGGCUGAGAUGUCUGUCGAUACCAUGUCGGAAGACUGCAAGAGCCGACUAAGUGUCAUUCAUGAGUAUGCGGAACGAGUUGGUGAAAAUGGUGAAUUCAUCGGGUGUACGUGCGGAGGGGAUUCUGGUCAUACUCAUUAA